GUUGUAUGGACUGAAGAUUGCCAGAAAGUGUUUGACAGUAUCAAAGAGUACCUGUUAGAACCACCAAUAUUGAUUCCUCCAGUUGAAGGAAGACCAUUAAUCAUGUACCUUACUGUGUUAGAAGAAUCCAUGGGCUGUAUGCUUGGACAGCAAGAUGAAACUGGUAAGAAGGAGCAUGCCAUCUAUUACUUGAGUAAGAAAUUCACAGAUUGUGAGUCUCGUUACUCCAUGCUCGAAAAAACAUGUUGUGCUUUGGCCUGGGCUUCAAAACGUCUCCGCCAAUACAUGAUCAACAAUACUACUUGGUUAAUCUCCAGAAUGGAUCCGAUCAAGUAUGUCUUUGAAAAGCCCGCCUUAACAGGAAGGAUUGCCCGAUGGCAAAUGCUGUUAUCCGAAUAUGACAUUGAGUACCGUGCCCAAAAAGCGGUCAAAGGAAGCAUUCUCGCCGAUCACUUGGCGCAUCAACCAAUUAAUGAAUAUCAAUCUCUCAAGUUUGACUUUCCUGACGAAGAUGUCUUGUACUUAAAGAUGAAAGAUUGUGACGAACCGUUACCAGAAGAAGGUCCUGAUCCUGGAUCAAGAUGGGGCCUAAUUUUUGAUGGAGCAGUAAACGCUUUUGGCAAUGGAAUUGGGGCAAUCAUCAUCACUCCCAAGGGUACUCACAUCCCGUUCUCCGCCAGGCUACUGUUUGAUUGUACCAACAACAUCGCAGAAUACGAAGCUUGUAUCAUGGGUCUCGAAGAAGCCAUUGAUUUAAGGAUCAAGAUCCUAGACAUAUAUGGAGAUUCAGCCCUCGUGAUCAACCAAAUCAAAGACAAAUGGGAAACUUACCACCCUGGCUUGAUUCCCUACAGAGAUUAUGCAAGACGUCUGUUGACUUUCUUCAACAAGGUUGAAUUGCAUCAUAUACCUCGAGAUCAGAAUCGAAUGGCAGACGCCUUGGCUACUCUAUCUUCCAUGUUCAAAGUCAAUCAUUGGAAUGAUAUGCCUACAGUCAGAAUCACGCGCCUUGAAAGGCCCGCCUAUGUGUUUGCAACUGAAGCAGUUGUCGAUGAUAAACCGUGGUUUCACGACAUCAAACGCUUCCUUCAAACUCAAGAGUACCCACUUGGGGCAUCAAACAAAGAUAAGAAAACUCUAAGGAGGCUUUCUGGCAGUUUCUUCCUGAACGGAGAUGUGUUAUACAAAAGAAAUUUCGACAUGGUUUUGCUCAGAUGCGUGGAUAGACACGAAGGAAAGUAUCAACUUGCUCUUAAGAGGAAUGACUGUCACAUGAUAUUAACUUUUUCAAGUAUUCAAUCAUAUCGUUAA